AUGAGCGAAGACGAUGAGCAGGGAAGCGACAACGAUGGAGAAAACUUCGAGCAGCAGAUCAGCAAUGUCUCGUUCGGUGCUUUGAAACAGGCACAGGAUACCAUAUCUCGAAAGCGAAAGCGUGGCUCAGAUACAACGGCAGAUCAAGAAGACAAGCUGGAAGCGUUAAGAGCGAGGCUUCGCGAAAUCAAGGAAUCAAAAUCUGCGCCUGCCGGGAAGGCCUCAAAAGCUUCGAAAAAGUCUGCUGAAGCUUCCGAUCGUGGAAGACAAGAAGAAUCUGAAGAGGAUGACGAGGACGAAGAAGACUCAGAUUCAGCACCAUCAGAGGAAGAGGCGCCAAAAUCACGAACUUCAAAGCAUGCACCUGCUGCACAAUCGUCCAGAUACCAGGUCUCCCGCAAACGAGUGGUCGUGGACGUCCCAAAGCGGAUAGUCAGAGAUCCUAGAUUCGACGCUCUACAUCAGCAGUCUUCGCAUCCAGGCAAUAGCGAGAAGGCAUACAGUUUCCUUCGCGACUACCAGAAAUCCGAAAUCAGCGAAUUGAAGGCUGCAAUCAAGAAGACGAAGAACGAAGAAGAGAAGGAGUUGCUCAGAAGGACAAUGGGCAGCAUGGAGAACAGAAUCAAGGCGAAGGAAGCGAAGGAACGAGAACAGGAGAUCAUCAGACGGCACAGAAAGGAGGAGCGCGAGAGAAUGGAGCAGGGCAAGAAUCCGUACUACCUCAAGAAGAAGGACGUCAAGGAGAAGGCGUUGGUAGAGAAGUUCAAGGGCAUGAAGAGCAAAGAGCGGGAGAAGAUCAUCGACAAGCGGCGGAAGAAGGAGGGCCAGAAAGAGAAGAAGCGGAUGCCGGAUGCGAGGAGGAUGGUAGGUUAA